AUGACCUCUGCUCCUACAAUUCUUGCAACCUGCAAACAAACGCGUUUUCAUCUUCUAGAUGAUAACCCUUCCGCCGAGGUGGAUGUAGAAGGUCUUGGAAUCACCGUUGCCUCUCCCACACCCGAAUCUACAGAUGAUUCAUCAAAGUCCAAGCUUAAAGGGAAGUCCAAGGCCAAGGCGCAGGGCAAGGAGCUUCUUACCGAUGCGCACUUGCGGCUGAAAGCGGGUAUACGCUACGGACUUAUCGGGCGCAAUGGAACCGGAAAGUCCACCCUUCUCCGGGCAAUGGCCGAGAAGCUCAUUCCUGGCAUCACACACCCCACUCGCAUCUCUAUUCUCCAACAGAUUGAUGGCGAGUAUACUGCGGGAGGCACAGACGGACUCAGUCUUGAAAAAGGAGUUCUCGAAUCAGUCCUCAGCAGUGAUGAGGCUAGGAACCAAGCGUCCCGUACGGCGGAUUUGCUGUCCAAGAGUUUCGAAACAGAGGAUCCGAUACACCCAGUUCGAGCCAUUCGCGAAAUUCGGCACGAGCAAGCGACGAAGAAGUUAUUCCUUGCCCAAAAGAUGGCAAACCUGAAGAGCGGUACCCGGGGUCUGCAGGCAAGGAAGGAUCUCAAAGCAGCAGAGUCAAAUUUGGAGACUUCUCAGGAAAUACUCAAUCAAGAUUCAGAAAGCAUCGAUGCCGACGCUCUCCAGGCCGAUACCCAAGCUGCAAUUGAGAUGUUGGAGACUGUCCAAAGUCGACUCGAAGCUAUGAAACUAUCCGAUAUGGAGAAGGAAGCUCGUAAAAUCCUUCUCGGUCUUGGCUUCAAAGAGGACGCCCUCGAGAAGAAAGUCUCGACACUGUCCGGUGGUUGGCGAAUGCGAUGUAUGCUGGCGAGCGUCCUGCUACAGGGGCCUUCAACCGAUAUCAUGAUACUCGACGAGCCGACCAACUUCCUCGAUCUACUGGGCGUAAUCUGGCUGGAGAACUACCUCCAAGCCAUGAGCGAAACAUGCCAAACGACCAUCCUGCUUGUUUCUCACGAUAGGGAUUUCAUCAAUUCUGUUUGCGAGGAGAUUGUCAUCAUUCGUGACCAAAAGCUGAACUACUUCAAAGGGAAUCUUGCGGCCUACGAGCAAGACUUCGAAGAGCAAAAGCUCUACUGGGGCCGGAUGAAGGAGGCGCAGGAAAAGCAAGUCGCUCAUAUGGAAGCGAGCAUUCGCGACAAUAUCAAGGCUGGCAAGAAAACCAAUGACGACAAUAAGCUUCGUCAGGCCAAGUCUCGGCAAAAGAAGGUUGAUGAUCGGAUGGGGCUCCAGGUGAAUGCCAAAGGUGGUCGAUUCAAGUUGAAUCGCGAUCUGGUCGGAUAUCAUCUUUCCAGUCGUGCCGAGAUAGAAGUGCCGGAAGACGAGAGAGGAGCAUCAAUGAGCAUUCCUGAUGCGACAGAACUGCGAUUUCCAGGGCCGUUGGUUUCGAUAGAAGGGGUUACCUUCCAGUACAAGAGGAAUGAUAGGAUUAUAUUGGAGAAUAUCAAUCUAGUGAUGCAUAUCGGAGACCGUGUCGGCAUUGUGGGUUUGAAUGGCUGUGGCAAGUCUACUCUGUGGGAUACUAUGGGCAGCAUUCUGUGGAGGAGCUUCAGGAGCGGGGAAAGGGGGGACCCAUCUCUCACGGCUCUUGCGUUGUUGAUGGCGGAGGUGGAAGGGUCUUUAAAUGAGGGGACUGUGAGAGGGCUGCUCUCUUCUAUGGGUCUCCCUGGUCGGAUUGCCUCGGAUGUUCCAGUCAACAAGCUAUCCGGUGGGCAGUUGGUUCGUCUUGCCUUGGCCAGAAUCGUCUGGAAUGCACCACAGCUCCUCGUACUCGAUGAAAUCACCACCCAUCUUGAUUUUCACACGGUGACUGCACUAGCAACGGCCCUGUCUUCAUUCGAUGGGGCUAUCUUGCUUGUAUCUCACGACCGUUUCUUGAUCAGGUCCGUCAUUGAAGGGAAACGAGAUAUCGAUCAUAAAUUGGACGAGGAAUUCGAGGGGCUGGAAGAAGAGGAGACUGAAGAGUCUACCACUCGCCGCCGCUCGGUCUACGUCUUGAAAGCUGGGAAGAUGGUUGAGCAGUCGGAUGGGGUGGAGCAGUUUGAGAGGAGUUUAGUGAAGCGAGUACAAAAAAUGUUGAAUACGGGAUAG